UGGUGUUGGAAGCAGGAAAAUGGGCAAGAGUAAGGAUCUGAGAAAGUCUGACCGGAGCUGAAGAUGGCUACAUAUGAUGGCUAGAUUAUUAGAUAAGAGCUUUUUGAAAACUGUGUAAACUGUGAUGAAAUGGCUGGUUGUAUAAAUCCCUGAUCAGCAACACUUAUCAUUUUCUCAGAGCAGGAACUGCCUCCUAAAUCCACGUGCUGAAGACACGUCACUCGCGCGCACCCAGUUUGAGAUGAUUACACACACGUGUGAAGUGCGGUACACGACCGGAAGUGUGUGUGUGUGUGUGUGUGUGUGUGUUUGUGUGGCCCGGGGAGAAGUCUGCAAGUGCAUUGGUAAGUUUUAUUGAUCAUGGUUCAAGGCAGUUGCGCAGGUUUCUACCUGAAGGCGCUGAUGCUGGCGCUGAUUCUGGUGCUGAUUCUGGUGCUGAUGUGCGCCGGAGGGUCGAGCCGCGGUUCUGGAGGUGAACAAGCCGAGCACUUACUGCAUCACGGCAACAUCUUAAGCCCCUUACUAAAAGCCUUGUCGGAGCACGAGCCCUGGGGGAUUCAUUUCCCGAGAACUAGACCCGAUUCCAGAUACGUGCGAUUCAUGAAAAGGCUUUACAAACUGUCAGCAAAGCAUGAGAGGAGCCACGAGAUGUCCCACCUUUACAACACGGUGCGCCUCAUCACAGCACGACAGGAGUGUCUGGACCGCUGUGGAGAACAAUUCAUGCAGGACAUUUCCUACAGUCUGAACCGUGUACGAGCUCAAGAACAGCUCCUCAAAUCGGUUCUGCUCUACUCCCUGGACCACAACCAUGCGGUUUCGCUCACCUCUCACUGCUACCUGUACAUGAAGGAACAGAUGCCGUCAGACGAGCACAUGUGCCUCAGCCCUCCCAGCUCCCAGCACGCCGUGUCCCUCAUCAGUUUCCAGUUUCAACUCAACAGAGCCAGCCAUCACAAGUGGGUAGAGGUUGACGUGACCCCCUUCCUCCACCCUCUUAUCAAGGAUCACAAAAAGGACAUCCACCUCCUCAUCAACCUUACCUGCUUGGACGAUGAACCAGGAAGUCUUCCUUCCAGAAGCCUCGUAGAGCUCACGCACAUGGCUCCGUCUCUUUUGCUCUAUCUGAACGAUACCAGCGAGGUGGCUUAUCAGAGAGGCUCCACACACACCCGGCUGGGAGAAAUCCGUUCGAACCUUUGGGGUAAUACCAUGCAAAGCCAGUAUUAUGGAUUUGGUCUUCAGAGGCUGAAGUGGAGAAAUCGGAGGAGUGCUCUAAACACAGCUCAAUCCUUAAAGUCUAGCGCUGAGAGAGGACCUCUGGCUGCAUUCGAACACCCAGCAGACGACUGUGACCUCUACGACUUUCGCGUUAGCUUCUCCCAGCUUAGGUUAGAUCACUGGAUCAUCGCGCCUUCCAAGUACAACCCCAGAUACUGCAAAGGCAUCUGUCCUCGUGUGGUGGGCCAUAUCUACGGCUCACCGGUGCACACAAUGGUACAGAACAUUAUUUACGAGAAGCUGGACUCCUCUGUGCCCAGACCUUCUUGCGUUCCGUCGGAAUAUGACCCCCUGAGUGUCUUGACCAUUGAAAACGACGGCUCGAUCGCGUAUAAAGAAUAUGAAGAAAUGAUUGCUACAAAGUGCACUUGCCGCUAAUGGUUUUUCAUAUUUGCCUUGCUCGUUCAGGGCAAAUUGCUGAUGACCUCACUCUUUUGUGCCCAUUUUAUCCACCUGGACAGUCGAUGAUGCCAUUGAAUGCCAUUAAGUUCUGUUGAUUCUGUUCUAGGUUGGUGGUAUUUUCAUUUCUAUCCAAAGUUAAUUGUAUGUAGAUAAAAGUAGCGAUUAUGCAUAUGGUUGGAUUUGUUAUUUUUUUGUUUCUGUUUUGAUGAUAAUGGUUGAAGUUAUUUUUUUGUUAUUUAUUUUUCGGUGGGUAUGUCUCGGUUCUGUAGGUAUGAUGCAAAUGGCAAACGUUUUAAACAUUAAUCUAAUUCUGGACAAAUUAUGGAAAAGUGUGGUCCUAUUUUCUUAUUGGAACACUUUAACAUAUGUUUUUAAUACCUGGGGAUUGCAGACAGUUGUCUUAUGGGCAACCUCUCUCUCUUCAUGAUGUCCAGAAAAAAAGAAAUAAUUUGCCCGAACCCUUGAGUGAAUUAAAUGCUCUGGGGCAUUUAAUCGCUUUGUGAUUUAUGGUUUAAAGCUGACUGUGUCAUGUAUCUAUUUAUGUAAUUUAUGCCCUGUGUACAUUUGGCUCUGAUUUCACAUGAAGUAUGCAAUUAAAAACAUUUUGAUAUGUUCGAGGGAAAAAAAAAAAAAACUGGAAAUAAAAAAAAAAAAGUGAGCACCCUGGAGAUUGUGUGGAAAUAUAUUGUUCUGGUAGGAAAUAUGUAAAGAGUUCACUUCGAAUAUCUCUUUCUUUAGUGGCGCAUAUCUGGAGUUUUUUUCGAUCAUAUUUUGUGUCCACUGUAAAAUAAAAAGUCAUUAUAAAGAA